UCAAAUGCAGUCAAUGUCGUAUGCUUAUUGUGGAUAUAGUUCAACCAUGUUGAGAAUUCUCGUGCUUAGUGUGGUUCUAGUGAUCGGAGAGAUUAUCGCAGAUGAACAUUGGUGGCAGCAUGCCAACUUUUAUCAGAUCUAUCCACGAUCGUUCAAGGAUAGUGACGGAGACGGUGUUGGCGAUCUUCGCGGAAUACAAGAAAAAGUGAGUUACCUCAAACAGGAAUUGGGCAUCGAUGCAAUCUGGCUAUCUCCGAUAUUCAAAUCUCCGAUGGCGGAUUUUGGGUACGAUAUUUCAAAUUUUUUGGAUAUUCAUGACGAGUUCGGUACGAUUGCCGAUCUGGAAAGCCUGGCAGAGGAAUGCAAACGACAGAAUCUUAAGCUCAUCUUAGACUUUGUGCCGAAUCACAGCAGUGAUGAGCAUGAAUUUUUCAAAAAGUCAGAACGGAAAGAAGCAGGAUACGAGGAUUAUUACGUUUGGCACCCUGGCAAAACUUUAUCCAACGGAACACGUGUACCUCCAUCGAACUGGAUUAGUGUAUUUCGCGGAAGCGCAUGGCAAUGGAGUUCAAUAAGAAAUGAAUAUUAUCUUCAUCAGUUUCUUGUUAAACAACCUGAUUUGAACUACCGCAGCACAAAAGUUGUGAAUGACAUGAAAGAAGUUCUGCGUUUUUGGCUUAGCAAAGGCGUCAGUGGAUUCAGGAUUGAUGCAUUACCAUAUCUUUUUGAGGUCAAAGCUGAGAAUGGACAAUACCAAGAUGAAGUAAGGAGUGAUAAAACAGAUGAUCCCGACAAUCCUGAAUAUCUUGUGCACACGUUGACCCAAAAUCUUGAAGAAACUUUCGAUAUGUCAUUUCAAUGGCGACAGGUGCUAGAUGAGUUUAAAAUGGAGCAUGACUUAGAUGAUCUUGUUCUUAUGAUUGAAGCCUACACCCCGUUACAAAAUAUUAUCAGAUUAUACGGUGAAAAUGGAAGGGAAGGAGCGCAAGUUCCUUUCAAUUUUGAAGUACUCUCUAAUACGUUCAAAGAUAGUACAGCGAAGAACUUUCAUGAUAAUAUCAAGCGUUUCUUAGAUGUACUACCGACGAACCGUUUCGCGAAUUGGGUUCUUGGUAACCACGAUAAUAAACGCGUGUCCAGUCGACUGGGAGUACCGCGUACUGAUCUGUACGCCAUAGCACUUAACACUUUACCAGGAAUAUCCGUCACAUACAACGGAGAUGAGCUUGGUAUGGAGGAUGUCUAUAUUCCUUGGAGCCAAACCAUCGAUCCAGCCGCAUGUAACUCCAAUCCCAAAGAUUUUAUGCUGUAUACCCGCGAUCCUGUAAGAACUCCGUUCCAGUGGGAUGAUAGCAUCAGUGCUGGGUUUUCAACCAACCCAAAAACUUGGCUUCCGGUUUCUCCUUACUACAAACAGAAUAAUUACAAACUACAGAAGUCUGCUCCUCGCAGUCACGUAAAGAUUUUCAAAUCGCUGGUCAGACUACGAAAGCAGCCCACUCUCAGAGAAGGUUCAUUUGAUAUGAAACUGGUGAACGAAAAUUUAAUUGUUUACAAACGUGAACUACAAGAUGUUAGUACCAUAGUAGUUAUCCUGAAUUUUCAUAAAUCGUCCCAAACGGUUUAUCUAUCUCAGAUUUAUGAAGGGCUUCCCCUGGAAUUUGAAAUCAUUACAUCGUCUUUGCAAACAAACUAUGUGGACGGUACAAUUUUGGAUCGGGAUGAAAUUAUGCUGCCAGCCGAUGCAGCCAUUGUUCUAGAAGGAAAUGUAAAGAAUGGCGUGUGAUAGAUGGGUAGCAUGACUACAGUGCCACAAGAUCGCGAGAGAGAGAUUGCUCAAUAUAAAUAUAAAUAUAAAUCCAAGGAAAAUGCAUAUUGCUAACAUUUACCUAAUAAUUAUCAUUAAGUUGUAGUUUAGACUCUCAAUUACAUUUUACGAAUAAACUAUUCUAAUUGAAAUGA